AAUAGUGUUUUCAUCUAAUUUAUAAUAUAAGCCAUUGCAUUAUUCUGCAUUUUUACUUUUAGUUUCCUGAAGGGUAGAAUUGCAGCAUUUGAAAGCAGUUGUUGAUGAAGAUUCCGAAUUACCAAAGGGAUUAAAGGCAUGUCCCAAAGUGACAGAAAUACAUGUUAAUCCGAAUAACUUCCAGAGAAUGAGUGUAUUGCUGGCAGCUGAACUUUUUUUUUGCUUUUUUUUAUCUCAUUUAUUUAUAGAUGUUUAGUAAUACUUUUGCUGAUGCUAUGCUGUUCUAUAAACAGCGUGAGGUUACUAUCCUGAAGAAUGCAGAUGUUACAAUAAGUUUCAUACGUCACAUCAAUGCUCUUUUUGAUGCUUUAAAUCGUAGAUUGCCACAGGAAGGAAUCAGACACGAUUCAAAUGAUCUCAAGGUUAUUGAAGAAUCUCUAGAAUGGUUAAAUAGAUGGGAAGCAUUCAGAUUACAGAUUAGAAGCACUGAUCAAAAGGGAUUUUUGAGCCACCAGACAGCAGAAAAUCUACGCUUGACGCACCCUUUGAUAGCCAACAAACUUCUGUAUGCAACAGUAAAUGAUUGUUUUGAAAACUUAGAUUGUGAUGAAAAUGACAAAGAUUUCAAUCAUUGA